GCUGUGGCCGCUUGCACCUCAGCCUACAUCUCACUUCAUGUUCAAAAUCAACCACUUCCGACCAACUGCACUGGCCCGCAGUCUCAGAACACCGUGUAUACGUUUCUACUCGAAAAAGCCUCCAGUAAUUCGACCAACUCCGAGUCAAAAUCAGAGCGCUGAGCAAGAUUCAGAUGAUGGAGACUUCCGUCCACCAUGGGUGUACUCCGCGUCCCACAUCCUCACCUAUACCCUAAUACCCACCGCUAUAGUCUAUUGCGUCUUCCUUGCUGAUUGGGGAGAGCGGGAACAUGUCUUCUCGCCCGUGCGCAGAUGGACAAUGAAAUACAAGGAAUCUUUUUUCUCUCUUUCUCCAGACGAAGCCUCCUUGAUUGAAGGGUCGCAACCGCCGACAACAAUAGAACUACCGGUUACAACAGGAAGUCAGGAAGAAGGCCGUCCUUCCAGUUGAGGAACGACGUGUCUUGAACCUGCUGAAGGGUGCGGUCUGUUGACCUUUGGGUUUUUGUAUCCUUCACCUACGGGAGAGAAUCAUGUGUUCAGAAGCCACUGAACCAACCCUGUGUAGUAUCUUCGGUAGACAGUAGACAGACAAAGAUAAAACGAUCACUCUUUCUGGGAAAGCACAUACUUAGAAAGUUGGCGGGAGGAAUAAAGAAUAAAUGACUGGGUCUUCCUCUGGCUAGGGGACGAGGAUGAAAUCAUUGCUCGGUAGUUUAAUGGAUGAA